GGUCUCGACAAAUCAAGGAAAGGCACUCUAGGCAAGCGUUGCUCCAGAUUGUCAGACAACUUCUUCCUCUUCUUUUGGCUGCUACCAAGACCAAAGCAGUUGAGCGAAUUUCAGGUUCAGAGCUACUCUUCUAGGAAUCAGAUAGAUUGGUCUCUGUGGAAAUCCUCAGUGCUAAAGCAUCCAGCAAGACUGAUGCUAGCUAGCUCUUGUCACCAUGGAGGUAUUACUUCGCACCAAGUGUCUUCAGCGCCUAGCAGUUCCUGGUUCGGUGAGAGCAUUGCAUAAAGAAUCUAGCACAGCAACCCCUCAGAAUUUCUCCAGCUAUGAAUCCAUGAAACAGAACUUCAAACUGGAUAUUCCAGAGUAUUUCAACUUUGCUAAAGAUGUCCUAGACCACUGGACCAAUAUGGAAAAGACUGGAAAGAAACCUUCGAAUCCAGCUUUCUGGUGGAUAAAUGGAAAUGGUGAAGAGGUAAGAUGGAGUUUUGAAGAACUGGGAUUCUUGUCCAGGAAAUUAGCCAAUGUACUUACAGAAGCCUGUGCCCUGCGAAGGGGAGAUGGAGUAAUUUUGAUUUUGCCCAGGAUCCCAGAGUGGUGGCUUGCAAAUGUGGCUUGUCUGCGAACAGGGACAGUUUUAAUUCCAGGGACCACUCAACUGACCCAGAAGGACAUCCUCUACAGACUACAGUCUUCAAAAGCAAAGUGCAUUAUUACCACUGAGGCUUUAGCCCCAGCUGUAGAUGCUAUUGCAUCUAAAUGUGAAAAUCUGCACGCCAAGCUAAUUGUGUCUCAGAAGUCCAGAGAGGGGUGGGGGAAUCUCAAGGAGAUGAUGAAACAUGCCAGCGACAACCACACCUGCGUGAAGACAAAGCACAAUGAGUUGAUGACCAUUUACUUUACCAGUGGAACAACCGGAUCUCCUAAAAUGACAGCACACACUCACUGCAGUUUUGGUUUAGGAUUAUCUAUAAAUGGAAGGUUCUGGCUGGAUUUGACCCCCUCAGAUGUGAUGUGGAAUACCUCAGACACAGGCUGGGCAAAGUCUGCAUGGAGUAGUGUUUUUUCUCCAUGGAUCCAGGGAGCAUGUGUAUUUGCACACUAUUUGCCCCGUUUUGAACCAACUUCCAUCUUGCAAACACUCUCCAAGUUUCCCAUCACCGUCUUCUGUUCAGCACCAACUGCAUACCGGAUGCUUGUACAGCAUGAUAUGACCAGCUAUAAGUUCAAGAGUUUAAAGCACUGCCUGAGUGCUGGGGAACCGAUGAACCCUGAAGUAGCUGAACAAUGGAGGAAAGGGACAGGCCUGGAUAUCUAUGAAGGAUACGGACAGACUGAAACGGUGCUAAUCUGUGGAAAUUUUAAGGGAAUGAAAAUUAAACCUGGCUCAAUGGGAAAGCCUUCUCCUGCUUUCAAUGUUAAGAUUUUAGAUAUAAAUGGCAAUGUUCUACCUCCUGGACAAGAAGGGGAUAUUGGCAUUCAAGUUCUACCUGAGCGACCAUUUGGCCUUUUUAGUCAUUAUGUAGAUAAUCCUUCAAAAACAGCUUCAACUCUGCGAGGCAAUUUCUAUAUCACCGGGGAUAAGGGGUAUAUGGAUGAAGAUGGGUACUUCUGGUUUGUUGCAAGAUCAGAUGAUAUCAUAUUAUCCUCUGGUUAUCGAAUUGGGCCAUUUGAGGUAGAAAGUGCCCUGAUUGAGCACCCUUCGGUUGCAGAGUCAGCUGUUGUCAGCAGCCCAGACCCCAUCAGAGGAGAGGUGGUAAAGGCUUUUAUUGUUCUGAACCCUGAUUACAAGUCACUUGAUCCAGAACAACUAAAAAAGGAGAUUCAGGAACAUGUACAAAGAACUACAGCACCUUACAAAUAUCCCAGAAAGAUAGAAUUUAUCCAAGAGCUGCCAAAGACGGUCAGUGGGAAGAUUAAAAGAAAUGAACUGAGGAAGAAAGAAUGGAAAACAAUUUAAGUUCAUUCCACUCAUGAUCAUGGCAUCUAUCAAACAAACAUGGCCUCUUUAGAACAUAGUAUCUAUAAAUCUGUAGAAACCACAAGAUUAUAGGGAGGCAAUUAAAAUGUGGUAUUAUGCUUAUAAACUGUUAAUUCAAAAUAUCUUGUGGUUAUUACAAUUAAGGCUGAGUUUUGGAAUAAAAUUAUUUGGUGAAUUCCUCUG